GAGAGAGAGAGAUCACCAUGUUGGAUCAGGGUCGUAUCUGUCAUGUGGUUUUGCUCCUCUGUGCUUCAUCUCUGUGGACUGAAACAGUGAUGUGCGGCUCAAGCUUCCUCAGUCCAGCCCAGAGACCACAGAAUCGCAGUGACCGAAAGCCUCCUCGAGUGGGACGGAGGACUUCACCUGAACUCGAGGCUCCUCUUCCUUCACAGGAUAAAAUGAUGGUGAGCGCACCGUUCCAGCUGGCCGUGUCUCUCACUGACACAGAGUAUGAGGAUUACGGUCCUGUGCUGCAGAAGAUCUUACUGGAUGUCCUGGGAGAUCCACUGACCCCGGACAGACCAUAUUAAUUCCAGUGGAAAGGAUACUUAAUGAAAACGUGUGUGCAAAAUCAACAACAUUAAAACAACUGUAUGUGAAAUAUGAAAAUAAAAUGAUAACAUGGCAAAGUUGUCAGUGUUUAUCUUGUGAAAAAAGAAA